UCAACUGGAAGAAUUUUUUCCUGUAGAUUUUAACAUGCUCUAAGAAUUCCAUUCCUUGUUCUUAGUUUCUUAUACUAGAAGGGGAUGACCAAGUUACUAGACACUUUUUGAAAUCUUCCUAGUCAUCUUAGAGCAACAUUGCAGUCUGCAGCCUUUCUCUGCCUGUAAGCGGCAUGGAAAGCCACAAAACCUUAGAACAAAAAUUUGUCUUUCAAAUCAGCAAUCUCAUCCCUCACUCUUUCAAGGAACGUUUUUUAUUCAACUCGUAUGUUCUUGUUUUUCAUGUUGCCAAGUUUCCACCAAUAGCCUAGCUCAAACCUCACACAAACUGCAAGAUUUGCUCUGACGAAAGGCUAACAAUGGAAAUGUCAGCUUCAGAAUCUCUUUACAGUGGUCAAUUCACUUUAUCAACUUACUUGAUAAAACCAAACUAUACAGGGCAAGAGAUUAUAAACUGUUUAUAAACUCUUCCCCAUAGCUAGCCAGCAACCAUUUUCACGUUAGUACUUGUCAAAGGAACGGGCUGUGACAUAUUGAGCCCACGAAGAUAAACAGAUUUUCAGCGGCUUCUCAAGUGACACGCGGAGCAAAAUGGCGGUUGAACUCCCUCCUCUUCGAUCCCUUCAAGACUUUGUUAGUGACGCCCAGUUCACUGCUCCAACAUUCCACGACAGGGAAAGAAUGGAGAACAGGAUGAUCAAUAAUCUCAUUUAUUAUCAGACCAACUACUUCAUUUGUGCAAUUCUAAUUGUCAUUGUAGUCGGGACAUUAUAUCCAAAGGAUUUAAUCAUUGGUGCUGUCACCCUUUUUGUUGCCUUUGUGCUGUUUGGCAUUGCUGAAAGCAGAGAGCCAAGGUUUGCACAGCUGAAGAGACAGUACCCUUCCUUAUUACCUGUUGCUGUGGUUGUCUUAGCAAUGCUUGUUAUUUACACCCUGGGGUCCAUACUCGUGUUCAUCUGGGGUGUGACAGUGCCAAUAGUAGUAAUACUUCUUCAUGCUGCAAUGAGGAAACGCAACAUAAAAAACAAAUUUGCCAACACAGUGGAGCUGUUCAAGGAAGAUGUCACACCCAUGACCAUCUUGCUCUCUAAGAUAUGUUCUGCUGAAGAACAACAGAGAUGAAUGGGAAAUUUAGUAUAAUUUUUGGAAAAAUUCACUCCCAGUGCAAUAUUUUGUAUAUCAGACAGUAAUGUAUAGAAUUGGUGUUUUUGAAGUUAGUUGCAUGCAGUGGGAGAUCUAGGGGAGGGGCCUAGGGGGGCCUACCCCUCCCCCACAUAUUGGGGGUAAAAAAAAAAACUGCAGAAGGAAGAAAAGUCAGCAGGUUUACACACACAAAAAAACUUCCUUCCCCCACCCCCUUGGAUCUGUCAUUGGCAUGAGUCACUUGUUGCUCAUGAAUAGUUCGAAGUGGGCCACAAUUUACGAGAAAAGCGGCAGUGGAAAAUGAAUUACCCCUCCCUCAAAAAUAAAAAAGAAGUUUGGAUUUGAUGUUAUCAGUCCUAGGAAUACCACAUAAGGUCAGGUACAAAAUAGAAUGAGCUUUAGGGGAACGUAUGAUAUCAAAACAAGUAAUGUCAUACUUUGAAAGUCAGCCACAAAGUCAAUUUUUGACAGCUAAGUCACAAGAUAUACAAUCUAAUCGUACCAAAAUCUAUUUUUUUAUGUGAUUAAAAUACGAGUAAGUUCAAAAUGAGACAAUUUUCCCUAGACAAUACGACUUGUUUUAGAGAGGGUUACCUUUUGUCAGACUGCGAGUGUAGGAAAAGCAGUGCAUAAUCAUCUAAGCGGUAAGCCUGAAAAGUGAAUUCGUUUCUCAGGCUUAGCAUUCAGCGGUUACUCUAAUUGCUGUUCAGUAGUUUACCAAUAAAGAUAAAAUUGUUUCUUA